UGAGGAAAGCAUAGCAGACCAAACACCCGGAAGCUCACGACGCAGAAGGCACCCACCCCUCCUCUGUCCUAAAGCCAAAGCAGCAUGGAGGCGGAACCCAUCAUCCGCGUCGUCGCCGUCUGCGGCUCUCUCCGGAAGGCCUCCUACAACAGCGGCCUCCUCCGCGCCGCCGCAGAGGUGUGCGAGGAGUCCAUCCCGGGGAUGCGCGUGGACCACGUCGACAUCUCCGACCUGCCGCUGCUCAACACCGACCUCGAGACCGCCGACGGGGGAUUCCCGCCCGCCGUCGAGGCCUUCCGCGACCACGUCCGCGCCGCCGACUGCUUCCUCUUCGGCUCGCCCGAGUUCAACUACUCCAUCGCAACCCCACUGAAGAAUGCACUAGAUUGGGCUUCCAGAGGAAAGAAUUGCUGGGCAGACAAACCUGCCGCGAUUGUCAGUGCUGGAGGUGGCUUUGGAGGAGGCAGAUCGCAGUACCAUCUCCGUCAAAUUGGGGUGUUCUUAGAUCUUCAUUUCAUCAACAAGCCAGAGCUAUUUGUCCAAGCAUUUCAGCAGCCACCUAAGUUUGACGGCGAUGGGAACCUUAUUGACGCUGAGAUCAGAGAGCGAAUCAAGCAAGUGCUCUUAUCCCUCCAGGCCUUCACACUCAGGUUCCAGAAGAAGGAUUGAUGCAACACAGGACCGUAUUAAUCUGCAUUUCUUCUUGGGUGUAUUGCACUGUGGGUAUUGUAUAAUAUGCCUUGUUUCAUGUCAUUUCUGCUACACAUUCGGAUAAUGUGACUUAAACUGUAAUAAAUCGCUUGCUUCCUUGUCUAUAGAAGGUUUAGUGAUUUGACAACAUCUCUAUAGGAAACAAGGCCCCUUCCCCAAUACUGAUACAUCGACAGUUCCCUUCUGUAAAGCAUUUUGGGGGUUUAUCAAACACCUUCUCCAAUUGAGUUCGAUAGUAUAUAAAUUUGAGAUUCUGUGUAA